AUGCCGAUCCGUCGUGCCGUCAAUUCCCAGGAGACCGCCCCGAAGAACCGGCCUGCCGAGAGCGAGGACAAGAAAGCAGAGCCUGACGCCAGCUCAGAAGAGUCUGCUUCCACCGGGGAGGAGCAGGAGACUGAGACUCCUCCAGCCACUUCCAGUGAGACGGAGCAACCAAAGGAGGCGGAGACUGACGAGGAGAAGAAGACGGAGGGCCAAGUAACAGAGGAGGCCAAGAAGGAUGGGGAGAAGGAACAGUCCAAAGAGAAGGAGAAGAAGGUGAAGAAGACCAUUCCAUCGUGGGCCACUCUGUCUGCCAGCCAGCGGGCCCGGGCACAGAAACAGUCCCACGCCUCGUCCGGAUCCCGCCCCAAGAUGGACGCCAUUCUGACCGAGGCCAUAAAGGCGUGUUUCCAGAAGUCUGGGGCCUCCGUGGUCGCCAUCCGCAAAUACAUCAUCAACAAGUACCCGUCGUUGGAGCUGGAGAGGAGGGGCUUCCUGCUGAAACAAGCCCUGAAACGGGAGCUGCAGAGAGGGGCCAUCCGCCAGGUGAAAGGGAAAGGAGCGUCCGGCAGUUUUGUUGUCGUGUCGAAUUCUGGAAAGUCGGCACCGAAAUCCAGAGACAAGAAGAGAAGCGGAUCUGCAGGAGGAGAUCAGACCAACGUCAAGCUGGAGGACAUCUUACCUCUGGCAUUCACCCGGCUGUGUGAGCCCAAGGAAGCGUCCUACAGCCUCAUCAAGAAAUACGUCUCUCAGUAUUAUCCCAAGCUCAAAGUGGACGUCAGGCCUCAGCUGCUGAAAAACGCUUUGCAGAGAGCCGUGGAAAAGGGGCAGCUAGAGCAGAUCACAGGAAAAGGGGCAUCCGGAACAUUCCAGCUGAAGCGGGCCGGAGAUAAGCCCCUCCUAAGUGGCGGGGUGUUCGAGGACGCCAUCCCUCUCCGCCAUCACCGCUAUGAAUGAGCCCAAGACUUGCUCCACCACCGCCAUCAAGAAGUACGUUCUGGAGAACCACCCCGGAGUGAACUCCAGCUUCCAGGUCCACUGCUGAAGAGAACCCUGCAGAAGUGUGAGAAGAACGGCUGGAUGGAGCAGAUCUCCGGGAAAGGGUUCAGCGGUACCUAUCAGCUCAGCUUCCCAUAUUACCCAAGCCCGUAUGUGUUAUUCCCAGACAAAGCCGUUAAAGAGGAGGAUGACGAUGAGUCGGACGAUGAAUCAGAAGAAGAAGAGGAGGAGGAGUCUGAGGAGGAAGAAUCUGAGGACGAGGAACCCCCUCCAAAGAGGAGGAUGCAGAAGAAGGCGGCCCCCGCCAAGUCCCGCGCCAGGGCCCGGGCCCGAGCCCCCCCCACCCAAGCCCAAAAAGAGCGCACCGCCCCUCGGGGGAAAGCCAAGAGCGCCCCCAGAGAAAGCUCCACCAGCAGCACCGCCUCCUCCCCCGGCGAAAGCCAAGAAGGGAAAAGCAGCUCCACCUCCGGCCGCCUCCAAGAAGGCCGCCAGCCAGGCCCCCAAGAAGCCGGCCGCCUCCAAGAAAGCAGCAAAGCCCGCGCCGAAAGGCAAGCCCAGCUCGCGGAAAUCCCUGCGGUCCAGGAAGUGA